AUGGCACCCAAAACCGGUCUAUGGGGAGCUGCUCUGUCCAAACUACGAAAGUCACAAACAGAGCCUGCCCAACCUACACGUGAGCCAACCCAGGAAAAGGUGGUCUAUCCUCGUUUUAAACGCCCGGUGUCGAACGAGUCCCCCAUUUAUUCUGAAUUCAUGUUCCCACCCACUCCUCUCCCAACUCUUCCCAUGGCGUCCGAUUCCAAUCUAAAUCCUCUGGCAAUGGCUUCUACCAUUUCCCAGGCCCGCCUUGGUGCUCUGCGCUCAGGCAAGGACUUGGAGUUAUUUUUUCAACGGGGUAAGGACUGUAUUGAUGCUUAUGCCCAGGCCACCAAGGCUAUGAUGGAAGAUGCUUGUGCCCGCGUCAAAGAUGGAGAGGAUCCUCCAUAUGAAGAGAUUGAACAGAUGAAACAACGCUUCUUCAAAUACUGCCAGUCAAUCGUGGAGGAAGGAUUGUCCCUGAUCUCAGGCGAUGCUACCAGUCAGUCCCGGCAGGUCAGCGACUCGACCAUGCCUUCUCUGGUCUCCUCAACUUCCGCCACGACUGAGUCUGAGCCGAAAACUCCCCUGGAUUCUGGCUCGUAUGGUGACAGAUGGGAAUUUUCUGAGGCAUUGCUCGCGUCUAGCGGCCAGCGCCGCCUUCGUCUCUACACCGUCAGCAGCGACGACUGGGUCAUGGUCCCAUCGAUGCCCUCGCCCACCUCUCCAACCAAGGUUGUGGUCCCCGAGAACAUGGACCCUGUGGAGGAAUCAAUUCAUCUCGGUGUCAUCGUGCGCAUUUUCAGCAAGUUGUACGCUGUGUCGAAGAUGAUGGAGACAAUCAUCUUGUAUUACGGUGCUGAGCCCGACAACUCCAAGACCGGCCUGCUAUACUGGAUCAAACGCAGCGAGAAAAACGUGCGCACCCAGAAGAUGGCUGUGCUGAUUGACACUGUUGAAAAUCUCUAUUAUGCCCUCUACGCCUGCAUUACGAUUGAGCUGGCCAGCAUUGAGCUCUGCGGUUCCUUCCGAAUCGACACUAGUGCAUUGCGAAUCGAGCUUCCAUUCCUUAUGCCAGAGGCUGAUCAUCUCUACCGCAUCGUCAUAGCAUUCAAGGAUGUACUGGACUCUCCGGAGAUUUGCGCAAUCCGUCGGAAGGACGUCAUUGACCACUUUCAGCAAGGAUAUAUCAAUCAGACUGUUGCAAAAAAGUCAAAUCCGGAUGAGGUCCCCUUUGACGCCCUCGGAUAUCGCCCGUUUGCGAAGAGAACUGUUUCUUACCGACACGGAUCCUAUUGCCAGAAAUGGAAAGGACUGAUUCCAUGCUUCGACUCCAUCUCAGCAGAGACCAUGGCAAAAAUGUCAGAGAAGUAUUUCACCAUGUAUCCAGUCACUAUUCUGCGUGCCGACAUUCCAUUUGAGGAGCUUCCAUGGAUCUACCCGGAAGAUAUUGGCAUGGCUGUCUGGGACACGCAUAUUGUAGCGGAUAACCGCUUGUCUAAGCGUGCUCAAGAGCUGGGAACAAGCAUCGGAGAAGAGCGCAAGAAAUCAUCCGCCCCCAGUCUUUACCACCUUGUCAGACAGCGAAAGUGCAUUUGCAACUCCAUCUGUUCAUGCUCCUUGGAGUGUACCCUAGAGGUGCAGCGCCCCUGCCCUUGUGCGGAACGCCUUGUACGCAUCAUGUCGACCAAGCGUGGUCUUGCAUACAGAAAGAGUGGACCUACUUUCGCCGCUACUGCUUCUACUACUGCUCGCAUGUUCUUCGAUGGCUUAGCUCAGCUCAACCGUGAUGUUAAGGCCACUGAUAUUACAAAUGAAUUGGGCAAUGCUUUCGAAUUGUUCUCUCUGUUGAUCUCCACGGAACGCGAGAUGACUCCCAGGGAUGACACCCAGGCAAACCUCUAA